AUGGAUCUCGAUAGUCUGCCUCCCAUUACCCGGCUGUGGGCUUUCAGCGCGGUGGGAUUAGCAAUAUGCGAGCACAUUCAUCUCACCUCGCAUUACGCCCUAUGGUUCUCUCCUCACCUCGUCUUCUCCAAAGGUGAACUCUGGCGCCUGGUCACCACCUUUGUCUACUUUGGACCGCUCUCCAUCGAUUUCUUUUUCCACCUCUUCUUCUUUCUGCGAUACAGCAGAAUGUUGGAGGAAAACCAUUUCAGCGGUCAAAAGAAGGCGGACUACGUUUGGCUGCUGAUCUUUUGCUCGGCUGCGCUCUUGUUGCUCAGCCCACUCGUCACGCCCAUUCCAUUUCUGGGAAGCCCACUGGCUUUCGUACUGGUCUACGUGUGGAGCAGGAGAAACAGACACGUUAGACUCAGCCUAUUUGGUCUCCUGGUCAUCACUGCCCCCAAUCUACCAUGGGCCCUCGUGGCUUUCAGCUGGCUCAUCAAUGGCUCUCCUAAAGCUGCCGUUGGUGAUUUGAUGGGCAUAGCUGUUGGUCAUCUCUACUACUUUCUGGUCGACAUUUGGCCGCGAGAAGUUCGUAGCGGAGGCAUCAGUCUGCUGAAAACACCAAUCGCUCUGUGA